AUGGCGGAAGAGAGGAAUAGCAGUUUCUCUCGAGAUCAUAUUUCAGGACAGGCCAACAAGUCCCUCUCCCGACCUGCUCAUGCGCUAACUUGUGAGCAACUCAUUGUUGAGUUGGGCGCUGAUGGCGUAAAUGGCUUGUCAAGCAAUGCCGCAGGGCAACGCCUAGAUGAACUCGGGAGGAAUGAGCUUGGUGGUGAGCUUAGCGAAUCUGGCGUGUCUAUGUGGAAAAUCAUAGUUGCGCAAAUUGUGAACGCGAUGACCAUGGUACUUAUACUGGCAAUGGCUAUCAGUUACGGUAUCAAGUCAUACAUUGAAGGCGCCGUUAUUACUGUGGUCAUACUCCUUAACAUCAUCGUCGGAUUUUUACAGGAGUAUUCUGCCGGAAAGACGUUAGACUCUCUUCGUUCUCUUAGCUCACCUACUGCUCAUGUCGUACGCGACGGGGAUACUAAGGUUAUCCCUACUGCCGAAGUUGUCAUAGGUGAUCUAGUUGAAAUGAAGACUGGCGAUACUGUUCCGGCUGAUACACGAGUCAUUGAAGCUUUCAACUUCGAAACAAACGAAGCGCUUCUGACAGGGGAGUCAUUUCCAGUCCGCAAGGACGAAAAUUAUACGUUUAGUGAUGCUACAGGACCUGGAGACAGACUCAAUAUUGCCUUUAGCUCUUCGACAGUGACGAAAGGCCGGGCCAAAGGUAUAGUUUUUGCUACAGGGACUUACACUGAGGUCGGUGCUGUUGCUACGGCGAUUGGACAAAGUGGUUUAAAAAUACGACCCAUCAAACGGGAUCCUGAUGGCUCCGCUAGGCUUCACCAUUACCUGGAAGCCUAUACAUUAACAUUUGUAGAUGCCGCCGGCAGCUUUUUGGGUCUUAAUGUAGGAACACCACUCCAACAGAAGCUAUCGAAGCUCGCAAUCCUCCUCUUCGGUAUCGCUAUCUUAUGCGCCAUAAUCGUUCUGGCGGUUAACGGGUUCGUUUCUCGACGAGAAGUAAUCAUAUACGCAGUUGCUACUGGUUUAUCAAUGAUCCCCGCUUCAUUAGUAGUCGUGUUGACCAUCACCAUGGCUGCCGGAACAAAGCGUAUGAUAGAGCGGCAUGUUAUAGUACGGAAUCUCAGGUCCCUAGAAGCUCUGGGCGCCGUAACAGAUAUAUGCUCCGACAAGACUGGAACACUGACUCAAGGCAAAAUGGUAGCUAGACGAGCGUGGAUUCCUGCCAUCGGCACCUAUACUGUUGAGACGUCUUCGGAGCCUUUUAACCCUACAACUGGUAUGAUACUACUCGAUACACGCCAGCCGUGGCAGAUCAACGCUAGAGAGGACGAGUUCGAGACCAGCUUAGCUGAACAACCCUCUCAAUUACUAAAAAACAGCAAACAGGCAUUGUUUGAUUUUUUAUGUGUUGCAUCUCUCGCUAACCUUGCUACUAUCUCUCUAAAGAAUGGGGUAUGGCACGCGCGAGGCGAUCCAACUGAGAUCGCGAUUCAAGUUUUUGCCUCGCGCUUCGAUUGGAAUAGGCUCAAGCUCACCCAAGGUGAAAAUGCAGAGUGGACUCAAAUCGCCGAACUGCCUUUCGACUCCGAAAUCAAGCGCAUGUCCGUCAUUUUUGAAAACAGCUCGACUGAGCAGCUCUUCGUUUUUACUAAAGGCGCUGUUGAGCGAGUCGUAGCUAUCUGUACGAAAUAUUGCGAACACGACGGCCAAGACGCAACUGAAAUAGACGGGAGAUUCCGUGCUAACGUCAUGAAGAACACGGAAGCUCUCGCUAGUGCUGGCCUACGUGUUCUGGCGUUCGCGAGCAAGACAUUCCAAGGCCCCCUGGAAAAGGGGGACGAGGUAAACCGGACAGACGUAGAAUCGAACCUGAUAUUCCGCGGUUUGAUCGGCCUAUACGAUCCGCCACGACCCGAAUCUGCUUCCGCAGUUCUCAGCUGUCACAGGGCAGGUAUAUCGGUACACAUGCUGACCGGCGACCACCCCGAAACGGCAAAAGCCAUUGCUUUAGAAGUCGGCAUACUUCCCAGCCGUAUGGACCGAGUCAGAGCAGACGUCGCAGAAUCAAUGGCAAUGACUGCCAGCCGAUUCGAUUCGUUGACAGACGACCAAGUCGACAAGCUCCCAGUUCUUCCUCUGGUCAUUUCCCGGUGCGCUCCGAAUACCAAAGUCCGGAUGAUCGAGGCGCUCCACAGACGCAAGAGAUUCUGCGCUAUGACCGGCGACGGCGUAAACGACUCGCCCUCCCUCCGCCGCGCCGACGUCGGCAUCGCAAUGGGCCUAUCGGGCAGCGACGUAGCCAAGGAAGCGUCCGACGUGGUGCUAUCGGACGACAACUUCGCCAGCAUCGUCGCCGCGGUCGAGGAGGGCCGGCGCAUCUUCGACAACAUCCAGAAGUUCGUGCUGCACGUGCUGGCCGAGAACAUCGCGCAGGCCGGCACCCUGCUCGUAGGCCUAGCCUUCCGAGACGAGCGCGGACUGUCCGUGUUCCCGCUCGCGCCCGUCGAGAUCGUCUGGGUCAUCAUGGCGACUUCGGGCAUGCCGGAUAUGGGGCUGGGCUUCGAGCGCGCGGUCGAGGAUAUUAUGGACAGGCCCCCGCAGAGCUUGAAGACCGGCAUCUUUGACGCCGAGUUUUUGGUCGAUAUGGUCGUUUACGGGCUGUGGAUCACGGCUCUCUGCCUGUCGAGCUUCGUCCUUGUUGUGUACCGAUUUGGUGGCGGGAACCUGGGCAAAGGCUGUAACGAGGCGUAUAACAACAGCUGCGAUACCGUCUUCCGCGCACGCGCGACUACGUUUGCGUGUAUUACUUGGUUUGCGCUGUUCCUGGCCUGGGAAAUGAUAGAUCGUCGAAGGUCUUUCUUUUCGACGCAACGGCACCAGUCCGGCAGCUCGAGCAAGUCCUGCACUAUAGCGAGAUGGGCUCGCGAUAUCAGUCAGAACAAGUUCCUCUUCUGGGCCAUUGUCAUCGGCUUCGUGACGCUGUUCCCAACCCUAUACGUACCGGGCCUCAACACCAUCGUAUUCAAACACGUUGGUAUCUCGUGGGAGUGGGCCGUGGUGUUCGCUAGCUCAGCCUUAUUCUUCGGUGGCGUCGAGGGCUGGAAGUGGGGGAAGAGAGUAUACUUCCGGCACGCGGCUUUUGCCAACAAGAAGGGGGCGGCGAUGGCCUGGAAGGAUAUGGACGUCGAGCAGCGCGCUUUCGCGGAGUAUCUCGAUUUUCCAUCCGGCGAUAAUGAAGUUUACAAUGACGAAGAAUGGGUGAAUAGAGCAGCGAAUUCGACAACUCAGUUAAUACCUUAGCGUCUUAAAAGGGGUUGCGGUAGCUGUGAAGAUUGGCUGAAAAGUGAUAUGCCUG